AUGGGGCAGCUCGAGGCAGAUGUACCAGAACAGGAUGCCGCUGUCUGCCCUCUCUCGGUGAUCAUCCUACCUGCAGACUACAUGUGGUUGCAUGAAGCUGGGGCAGGGGAAACAUUUAUGCACUUGGCCGGGUACCAUCACCCCCUGUCUCCCCGUUACGGUUACGCCGGGCAUCUGGGCCAAAAUUAUGCACCCAUCUCCGGCCUCGCGACAAAGGUACCCGCACCUUUUGACCCGAGUGGAUGGGCGCAUAGUGGGGCGGUUGACCAGGAUACAGUGCUUAAUCCAGACACUCGUCCUUUCCGAGCCGCGGGUGUGUCUGCGCCGGGCCUGCAGGCCCAUCUGCAGCGCCACGACGAACAGCCAAUUAACUGA